AUGGAAGAAUUAUAUAAAGAAUAUGAAUCCUUUAACCGUGAAGAAAUACGGAAACAGCAAGCUGCAAUUACGUGGGAAACUGAUCUCAAACGUGGCAUUUACUAUGAAGAUACUUUUUCUGUAAUUAUGACAUUUUCAGAUGCUUAUCAUGCAUAUGAAUCGAAAAAACGUGAAAUAUUGCUUAAGUCUUUGAAACCACCACCUAUCGUUAAUGAGACGAAGGAAAAGAAAAAGAAGAAGAAAAAAUGUGAAACAAAGAUCGUACCCGAUGAUCAAGUGGUCGAAGAUUUGCGUUGGGAAUACAGAAAUUAUGAGUCCGCUAUGGUCGUUAGUAUGGAAGAAGAGGGGCGAUACAGGCCCUUUGCUAAAAAUCCAGUUUUGGGGACACAAUAUGAAAUGCAAUACGAUUAA